AUGUCGUGCUUCAUUCAGUCGGGCUUUGUAUGUCAUCUGCAAGAAGGAUUUCCAUCAAUUGUGAAAAAGCGCGGGCGCGCGAAAAUGGCGGCUACGAAAUAUUGUCAUCCAUUCCUUAACGGCCUGAAGCCAAUGCCGGAGGGUCACGAUGAAGAAAUCCAACAGGUCAAGGAGUGGAUGAAGAGUCAACCUCAUCUGCCGUACAUAUCCGAUGACUAUGUUAUACUUUUCCUCCACUCCAACUACUUCAAAGUGAAAGAGACGAAAGACACCAUUGAAUGCUACUUCACACUGCGUAAUAAUACACCCGACCUAUUCAGCAACCGCGAUCCGUUGUCACCCAGGAACAAGGCCGUUUUGGAUGUAACGCAUAUGGUGGCUCUCCCGAAGCUGACAGAAGAGGGCUACCACGUACUCCUAUACCGGCUCUCCGACCUGGACUACAGCAAACUGAAUUUCGCGGACGCAGUGCGUGUGUUCUGCAUGUUCAACGACGUCAAGCUCUCUGAGGACCGGCUGUCUGAAGGCUAUAUUGUGAUCUUCGACAUGAAAGGAUGCAGCCUCGGCCACCUCACUAGGGUCACGCUGCCCGCUUUGAGGGCCUUCAUGCAUUACAUUCAAAAUGCGCAUCCUUGUCGCCUCAAGAAGAUCCACGUGGUGCACACUGUAUCCUUCAUCAAUCAGGUGAUGUGUCUCGUCAAACCCUUGAUUCAUUCCAAUCUUCUGAACCUUCUCAACUUUUCUUCGGAUGGACCUGACUCCGUCGUCGACAAAGAACUAUUGCCAGAGGAUUACGGUGGCCCUGCCCCGUCCGUAAAACAAUUGCAUGACGAGCAGAGAAGAAACAUGGAGGAGAACUAUAGAGAAUGGUUGAUAGAGUCGGAGAUAUUCAAAGUGGACGAGAAGAAGAGAGUCAAGAAGCCGAGUAAGGGGAUGUUUGCUAGCUUUACAAGCAGUUUUAAAAGUCUUGAUAUUGAC